GUAGCCAUCCGAGGCGCCGCGGCCUCUUCACAGAACCUGUUCGUGCCAAAUCAAUGCGCUUCAGGACGAAAAGAGGCCUGUACUGCUCUGCCUUGCUUAAAAACGUAACAGGAAUAAGUAUUUUCAUUUGUUGACUGCAGGCACUCAGUUUCAGAGACGGUACGACCGUUUUAUUUUCAGUAACUAGCUGGCUAAAUUACCGAGCUCCAACACUGCAGACACGGUAAAGUGGAGCGUUUCCCUCCUGAUAGUCCCAGCGACAGCAGCAGAUAUCUGACAGUGACAGUGACCUCGAGGUUGUCGCCCCUGUGAUGCCACCACCCAAACGCCGCCGCAUCAUCGACCCGGCCGCUGUCCCCUCAGUGUCGAUCUACUCCAACAAGGUGAACUCAUGUUUGCAGAUGAAGCCAACACUCAACAUCCUUGCUGAGAAGGAGAGCGCUGGCGACAGUGAAGAAGCCAGUUUGUGGUCGGUGUCCCCACCACCUCCAGCAAAAAAGAGCCCAGUCAGCUACACCCUCACUGACUCUGAGGAGGAUGAACCAGAACAUAUGGAGAAGAAUGAAGUGCAGGAAGACAGGGGCUCCCCCUCUCCUCCACCGCCUGUAGGCAGUCCAGUUGCCAAAGUGUCCCAGCGGGUCACCCGAAAGAUCCAUGAGUUCAACAGAAAGCUGGAUGCAGUCAGCUCCUUACUCCACUCUCCACCUCAAGAGCCCAGGCGGAGGCGGACCAAACGAAACCUGCCUCCGCCACCGCAGGAGAAGGAGUGCAGUGACAACUUUGAUGACGAUGAUGACAUCAUUAUUGUGACUCCCAACACCCGGCCUCAGGCUACAUGUGCAGACAGUGGGGAGAGCCCCCUGACAGUUCGGACGAUCCCCCUCAAGGUCCGCUGUCGAGCAGAUCUCCACAAGAUCCCUGUGCUGUCGUCGGUACCAUUAAGCAAGGUAGUGGAUGAACUGUCUGUCAAGCUUAAAGUCCCGCCUUCUCGUAUCAUGUUGCUGAGGAAAGAAAUGGAGCUUCCCACACACCUAACGGCCAAUGAGCUUGGCCUCAGCAUCGCUGAUAUCAUAGAUUGCGUUGUCAUGGCUGCAGAUGACAAACAGGAAGCUGAGGAAGAUAGCAGCAGCGUUAUUACUGUGCGACUACAGGGCAAAGAAAAAGGCUCAGCCCAGGAAUACACCCUGGACAGAGAUGCGCCGCUGGGCUCCGUGCUCUCCCAGUACCUGUCCAGCAUACCUGUGAGCUCCAGGUGCAAGGUGCAGUUUCACUUUGACGGUUCCAAGAUCACGCACAGCCAGACGCCGUCUCAACUGGACAUGGAGGAUGGUGAUGUGAUCGAAGUAUGGACAUGAGAAUUUCUCACAUCACAGGAACGAGGAGGGCUAAAUUGCUGCAGUUUUUUAAACCCAGGGCUCACUCUCCAUUAAGACAUAAUCAUAUCAGUUCAUGAGGCUCAGCUCAUUAAGCCCUCCAUACAAAUUCGUGGACAGGUGGCUUUUGACAGUGAUGCAAAUUACACACUAUCACAACUUUGUACAUAUAUUCAGGGAUUGGGUGAUCUGUCGGGGCCUUCACAAUGUCUGGAAACUCCUUGAAAGGCAAAUAUAAAGUAUAUUUUUGAAAAAUUUCAAUGCACUUUGGAGACAUCUCAGUGAUUCAGAUAUUUUGGUGUUGUGUGAAACCCCUGACUUUGAAAUCAGUUCAAAGCUGCACUAGCUGUACAUUUCAUGUACAUUUCAUGAUAACUUUUUAAUUUUCAUUUUUCAGUUUCGAUUUUAAAAAUUGAAACUGAUGAGUAAAAUCCAAGCUGUUUCCUAUACAGUAGUUAAAUCCUCUGCUCAUUAUUAGAUGUUUUACCUCACUCUUUUCUUUAUCUUUUGGUGUAUAACAUCAUAGACUAGCCUGUUUGUGUGCAGCUUACUGAUGUCCCCUCUGGAUUUUUUGAGUUUUAAAACAGCUCUUACAAUGUAGCCUAGCUUUGUGAAGCUGUAAUUCAUGAAAUUAUAGCAUUCUAUCCCAGCAGUGCAGAUUUAGUCAUUAGAAACUGCUGUUGAAAAGCUGUCCCAGCACUAGUAUAAAAGAAGUACUCAUCCAAAGAUUCAACCCUUUUGCUCACAGGUGUUCUGUAUUUUUAAACUGCACUCUCUGAACUUUCAUCCUGAGAUUUCAUCCUCACAUAGUUUAACCAUGUAGACUCCAGUUAACUAUUUAACUUGUUAAGUCUGUCAAAAUACACCAUUCUGUUAUAAUUAUUUAGUUGUUUUUCAUUUCCACCUGUGUCUGCUCUCUCAGGUUGGGAAGGUUGAUACCUCCCUGAAGGAUGUCCUAAAGUCACACUUGGUGUGACUGGGCACUUCCAAACGUUUAAUUUGCUGUUGUAAAACUGUAAAAUAUAAAUAAACUUUUGAUAUUCAAUAACCUUA